AUGCACAAAGAAAUUUAUGAACAGGAAAGGCAAGGAUGUAAGAUGUUUAUUGGUGGGUUGACCACGAGUGCCACUAAAGACAAACUAGAGAGAUAUUAUGGCCAAUGGGGAAUGAUCAUUGAUGCAGCUGUGGUGACAGAUCCUCAGACUCGACGCUCAAGAGGGUUUGGUUUUGUAACGUACAAUAGUCGUGAGAGUGUUGAAAAGUGUCUGGCAGCUGGUCCUCACUACAUUGAUGAGAGACUCGUUGAGACAAAGAAAGCAGUACCUCGUGAAGAGACCCCAAAAGAGACCGACCCAUCCUCUAAAUCUAAAAAAGUAUUUUUGGGUGGUCUUCAUCUAGACACUACUAAAGAGGAGCUGAUGGAAGCUGCAAAGCAUAUUGGGGAAAUUGAAGAAGUCUCCCUCAUUAUUGACCCGGAAAGGAAUAAACCGCGUGGAUUUGGAUUCAUCACUUUUACAGACUAUGAAAGUGCUGAAAGACUUUGCAAUCAAGGCAUCCUGAGAAUCAGGGACAGAGAUGUUGAAACCAAGAAAGCCGUCAGUAUAGAGUCUAUGAGACAGAACCCAACGAGACCGAAAAGAAAUACCCAUGGUUCUUCAUCACGUGAUCUGCAGUAUAUGCCACCAUCAUACCAACAAUCAACUGACCAUGAUCAAUAUGGUGGACAAUAUGAUGAUUAUGAAGGAGACUCAUACGAUGAGUAUUAUGAUAGAGGAGGAUACCGUUGGGAGGAACCCUCACCUUAUAGACCUCCUUAUCGCUCUGUAGCUUACGGAGGGUAUAGUUAUUAUGGUGGACCAGGGAUCUAUCGUGGAAGAGGAGGAGGAGGAGGGUAUCCUGGGUACUCAAGAGGAGGAGGAAGAGGAGGGUAUAGGAGUCAGGAUGGAGCUGCCUCUCAUAGCUAUCAUCCUUACAGGCGACCAUAUGAAACAGUCAAUUGUUUUAUUGGAAUGAGGGUUUUGAAUACUUUUUUGAAAUUUGAUGUAGUAUAA